UCAUCUUUCUCUGGCUCUCCUUUCCUGCUCUCUGACUCUGUCUCUCUUCCUCACCUCCGCCCUUCCUUUCUCUCAAGGUGUGGGAGCUUUUAUUCCAGACCAGAGAGGGGCGCCUUUCCUGCUCCCUUUCCCCUCACCCACCGAUUAAAGAAAAGGGGUGGGCGGGUGCGGGAAUCCAAUCCGGGAGUAAUAGCGAGUGGAUCUGCGCGGCUCUGAAUGAAUGGAAGCUGCGGGGCGGGCCUGUGCGCACGGCCGCCCUGCCCAAGAUGCGGUCGCCCAGUGGCCUGUAAGGCCCUCGCCAGCCCCUCGCCCUCCUCCCGCCCCGGGCAGAGGCCGCCGCCGUCUCCGCGCCCAACGCCGAGGCCAAGGCUGCCACGGGGAAGGUCGGAGGGAGGGUGGUUUCCUCCCGCCCCACACCCAGUCUCCGAGCCGGAUAUAGAGAGUGUCACGUUUGGGGGCCGAAAGGCGAGAGCAGUUUCCUUGUGGCCGAAGCACUCCCCGGAGCCCCGGGGAAGGACUGGGAUUUAGAGGACCACUAGUUGAGCCGGCUCCGCGCUGGAGGAGCAGGAACCUCUUUCUGGAGCUAUAAAAGACCAAGUGGAGAAUCAUGUCCAUGAUUGCAGCUUUCUAUGGUGGCAAGUCCAUUCUCAUUACUGGGGCCACAGGCUUCUUGGGCAAAGUGUUGAUGGAGAAGCUAUUUCGCACCAGCCCGGACCUGAAAGUCAUUUACAUCCUUGUGAGGCCCAAGGCUGGCCAGACUCUGCAGCAAAGGGUUUUCCAGAUCCUAAAUAGUAAGCUGUUUGAAAAAGUCAAAGAAGUCUGUCCCAAUGUGCAUGAGAAGAUCAGAGCUAUUUCUGCAGAUCUCAACCAGAGUGACUUUGCCAUCAGCAAGGAGGACAUGCAGGAGCUUCUUUCCUAUACAAACAUCAUCUUCCACUGUGCCGCCACUGUCCGCUUUGAUGACCACCUGAGACAUGCUGUGCAGCUCAACGUCACUGCUACCCAGCAGCUGUUGCUCAUGGCCAGUCAGAUGCCAAAACUGGAAGCCUUCAUACACAUCUCCACUGCCUUUUCAAACUGUAACCUGAAGCACAUCGAUGAAGUCAUCUAUCCAUGUCCGGUGGAGCCAAAAAAAAUCAUCGACUCCAUGGAGUGGUUAGAUGAUGCUAUUAUUGAUGAGAUCACACCCAAGCUGAUCGGGGAUCGGCCCAAUACGUACACCUACACCAAAGCCUUGGGAGAGAUGGUGGUACAGCAGGAGAGUGGGAACAUCAACAUCGCCAUCAUACGGCCCUCCAUCGUGGGAGCAACCUGGCAGGAGCCUUUCCCGGGUUGGGUUGAUAACCUAAAUGGACCUAGUGGGCUCAUUAUUGCGGCUGGAAAGGGGUUUCUUCGGUGCGUAAGAGCCACUCCGAUGGCUGUGGCAGAUUUAAUUCCAGCAGAUACAGUUGUCAACCUCACCUUGGCUGUAGGAUGGUACACAGCAGUUCACAGACCUAAGUCAGUAUUGAUCUACCAUUGUACAUCUGGCAACUUCAAUCCCUGUAACUGGGGCAAAAUGGCAUUACAAGUCUUGGCAGCCUUUGAAAAAAUUCCAUUUGAGAGAGCUUUUAGGAGGCCGAAUGCUGACUUCACAACCAACAGCAUCACAAUCCAGUACUGGAAUGCUGUCAGCCACCGGGCCCCUGCCAUCAUCUAUGACUUUUAUCUGCGGCUCACGGGGAGGAAACCCAGGAUGACAAAGCUCAUGAAUCGGCUUUUAAGAACUGUUUCCAUGCUGGAGUAUUUCAUCAACCGGAGUUGGGAAUGGAGCACAGACAACACCGAAAUGCUGAUGUCGGAGCUGAGUCCCGAGGACCAGAGAGUAUUCAACUUUGAUGUGCGCCAGUUGAACUGGUUGGAAUACAUUGAAAAUUAUGUUUUAGGAGUUAAGAAGUACUUACUGAAAGAGGAUAUGGCUGGGAUCCCAAAAGCAAAGCAACACUUAAAAAGGCUCCGAAAUAUUCACUACCUCUUUAAUACUGCCCUCUUCCUCAUCGCCUGGCGCCUUCUCAUUGCAAGAUCUCAGGUGGCUCGGAACGUGUGGUUCUUCAUCGUGAGCUUCUGUUACAAACUCCUCUCCUACUUUAGGGCGUCCAGCACACUCAAGGUCUAAGAAAACUUGGCAAAGGUCUCUUACCUGGAACCUCUCAGAUACCUCCAAAACAGCAACUGUAGUUCUCAAGAUUAGAAAGUAAUAGUUAUGCCCAAGUUCGUUACUUGUCAAAUGUGCUGUCAUGUAUUCAUCCUUAUUUAACUAUAUAUUUUUAUUUCAGUGAGAGAAGGAAAGCAUAUCCUAGUCUAUCAUCAUACGUGUUUUAGGAAAAAAUUGUUUCCUAAUUCUCUGCCCUUAAGUAUAAAACACCAGAGUAGGGCCAUCUUCCCAUAUGCAGCUUUUUUUCCUCCAUGAGGGGACUACUUUCAACUCAACAAACAUGGAACAGUGAGCUAUGCUAAAAAAAGACAGUUCUACCUUGGAAACCUUGGUGUACUCAGUAUGAAGGUUUAAAAUCAAGGUAAGUAGAGGAAGGUCUCAGCAUCCUCAAAAAUGCUGUAACAGAAAUAAUUCUCCACUGAAGUUUCUGCUUUCUUUUUAUGUUACACUAUGGAGUCUUGGUUGAAGGCUGGGGGAAUUAGAAAAGUGGUUUCACACUUAAUAUUUUCCUUAACUAUACUCACUUCUAAAACCUAAAAUGAACCAAGAGGUAUAGAUAAUUAUGUAUAGAAAGAGGGCUCAAGCAUAUUUUCAUUGGGAUUCAGUUUAUUAUGCUUGUAAGUAAAAAUGAAUUCUCAUAAUUUGAAUUAAACAACUAUUAUUUCCAAAUCUUUUGACCACAAAUUUUCCUGAUAAUUUUCUCUUAAGAAUUUCCCUCCUGUUCAUCAGUCACCAAAUCCCUUAUAUUUAAGCUUCUAUUGCUCAGGCCUCACUUAGAGUGAGUAAUAUCUGAGGAAGGUCCUAGGCUAGAAUCAUACGAAACCCAAGCUUCUGACCUUUGCCACUGAGGAAAGCAAAAUUUCAAAUAAAAUUUUAAAUGCUAGCUUUAAUCUUUCAGCAGAAAUUGCUAGUAACUUGAUCACUCCAGUUGCAGAAUGUUACCUGUACAAUGUGUAGAAGACAGACUUCAUUACAUGACUCUAAGUUUAGAAAACAGGUAUUGUUUUAAAAUAUUUUUUUGUAUAAUGCAAAUGAAUUAGUGAAAACUAUUCUCAAAUUCCCAUAUAAAUGUUGUUCCAACUUUCCUCAUAUAUAUAGAGGUGAGUGCAAGUUGGAUUGCAAUAGUUCAUGUUAAAAACAUGGAAUAUGAUUCAGAUUUAGUACCUGGGCCUAAGCAACUAAAAAUAAUCACAAUUACUAGAUAAUUACACAAGCGUAAAAUGUUAACAAUGCCAUUUAUGCUCACUUUCCAGAAUAACUGGUUAAUAAUUGGAAAGGCAUGUCCCGGUGAUCAAAGUGUUUAAGGACCACGAAGGCAGCUUCUGGCCCAAUAUUACUUGGGAAUUUUUUCAGAACCCCGUAACAGGCAUCUGGGGGGGGGGGGGGGACUCUUCUGGGCAAUGUCUUUCCCAAUUUCACCUAAGUUCUGGGAACUACUUUCCAGGGCAGAUAACUCAGCUCUGAAACAAAGCACCUGGUGAUCUUCUGUUUGAGAUGUUUGUAUAAUACUUUUGAGUUACACUGAUUAAGGUAUAAACUAUAGAUAUGAUAAAAAUGAAAUCAAGAUAUAAUUCAAUUAAGUUGGAUAAAACUAAUAGUUCUAAGAGUUUACUAUCUUUUGAUUACUGUGUGCUUCACCAAUUCAAUAAAUUCCACUGAUCAAGUAUUCACAUUUGACUUUCAAUUAAAAUGAAAAUUUGAAUUAAAAAUGGUUUUCUCUCUUC